AUGGCUAACUCUGUUUAUAGAAAAAAAUACACUGAAGAGGAUCUUGGCCCACAUAUGGUCCAUGUUAGAUUGAUCUCAGAUUCAAAUAGUAUUGCAUCAUUGCACAUAAAAUUUGGAAAUCAUCUAAAGAAAAGCAAUCCCGGGCUGACCUUCAGACAGCACGUAGCCAAUGUUUGCAAAAAAGCAUUAGAUAUUUACAAAAAGCUUGCUAGAUCAGCCCGUGUUAGUUCGGGGUUGCAUCCGGAGGUCGUGAGGACCAUUUAUACCGCUGCCGUUGAACCAACGAUACUGUACGCUGCUAGUGCAUGGGCACCAACAGCAAAUAAAUUAGGGGUACAAAAUGUCGUGCAGAGAGGUUUCGCCCAAAAACUGUGCAAAGCCUAUCGUACAGUCUCCCUGAACUCAGCGCUUAUACUAGCUGGGUUGCUCCCUCUCGACCUACGCAUUCGCGAGGUGGCUUCACUAUAUGAAGCCAAGAGGGGGAUACCCCAGCCAUCGCUGGGCGACAGGGAGGUAGAACAGAUGUCUCCAACGAUAGAGGCCCCACACCCUGCAGAGCAAACCAGACUAGAGUUCGAUACCCUGAUAGACGAGGAACAGUACAAUGCCCACAGCAAUUUUGCUGUGCGAAUCUUUACGGACGGCAGCAAGAUUGAGGGUAAAGUUGGAGCGGCGCUAUCCUUGUGGAAUAGAACCACCGAAACUAAAGCCAUCAAGCUCGCGUUGCCGUCCUAUUGCACCGUCUAUCAGGCAGAGCCGUCCUAUUGCACCGUCUAUCAGGCAGAACUCGUAGCUCUAUGGAGGGCGACGGAAAAAGUGGCGAAGAACCGCGAGACCUCUUUCGAUAUCUACAGCGACUCUAUUGCCGCUCUGCAAACGAUCACCAACCUCGGUUCCCCCCACCCCCUAGCUGUGCAAACCAGAGACAUGCUGAGGCGAUGUCGACUCCAGAACAAAAGCGUUAAUUUUUUCUGGAUCAAGGCCCACGCAGGCUUGGAGGGAAACGAGAGAGCUGAUCGUCUCGCAAAAGAAGCGGCCCUAAAGUUAAAGAAAAAGCCGGACUAUGACCAAUGUCUGGUCUCUGACCAAUGUCUGGUCUCUUUCGUCAAGCGUAGUAUCCGCAUGGCUACGCUCGUGGAAUGGAACAGGAGAUACAAGUCUGGUGAGACAGCCUCCGUAACAAAAAUGUUAUUUCCCAAUGCGGUGGCGGCGUACAGAAUCGUCAGAAAAAUGGAAACUACAAGCGUCAUGGCGCAAAUCUUCACGGGCCAUGGUAUCAGUGGAGGCUAUCCUUUGUCAAGAAUGUUAUGCAAUAAUAGAAAGAGCAUCUCUAAACUUGUCAAGGGAUCAACAGUUGAACGAGCUAAUGGACAUAUGGUCUUCCAUGUUGAGAGCCAAGACACACAAAGUAUCAAUUGA